AUGGAGAAGAUUCUUGUAACCCUCUCAACCGGAGCUGCCUCCAUCGCCGUUCUCGUCGUUCUUUUCACCAUCCCAUCCCUCUACAACACCAUCAACGAGGUUCACGAUGAGGUUCUCGAUGGAGUCUCUGUCUUCCGUGUUGAGACUGAUUCCGCAUGGACCGAGAUGAUGGACAUCCAGAUCACCGUCACCCCACCAACCAAGCCACGUGUCAACCCAUUCAACUCGAUCUUCCGUCAAAAGCGUCAAACCUUCUCCGGACUUCCAGCCUGGUGCCAAUGCGAGCCAACUAAGCCAACCUGCCCACCAGGACCACCAGGACCACCAGGACAGCCAGGAGCCCCAGGAACCCCAGGAGCCCCAGGACCAAAGGGAGAGGACAACACCGCCACCUACGCCCCAAUCACCUGCGCUCCAGUCUCCCAAGACUGCGUCAAGUGCCCAGAAGGACCAGCCGGACCAGCCGGACCAGCCGGACCAGCAGGACCAGCCGGACCAGACGGACAACCAGGAAACCCAGGAGCCGCUGGAAACCCAGGAGCCGACGGACAACCAGGAGCCCCAGGAGACAACGGACAAGACGGAACCCCAGGAUCCGAUGGACAACCAGGAGCCCCAGGACAAGACGGACAACGCGGAUCCGGAGCCCCAGGAGGACCAGGAGCCCCAGGAAACGCUGGACCAGCUGGACCAGCCGGACAAGACGGAGCCCCAGGACAAGACGGACAACCAGGACCAGCUGGACCAGCCGGACAAGAUGGAGCCCCAGGAAACGCUGGAUCCGACGGACAGCCAGGAGCUCCAGGAGGACCAGGACUUCCAGGAAACGAUGCCGCUUAUUGCGCUUGCCCACCAAGAUCCGCUGUCUUCGUCUCCCGUCAUUAA